AUGAACGGGUACGGUGCUCAAGCCGUCUCGGCCUGGCAGGAGCAUCACACUCCUGAUGGCCGGGCCUAUUACUACAAUAGCGCGACCAAGGUGACGCAGUGGACUAAGCCCGAGGAUUUGAUGACGCCUGCAGAGCGUGCUCUCUCAAGUCAACCAUGGAAAGAAUACACAGCAGAAGGCGGCCGAAAAUACUGGUACAACACCGAAACAAAGCAGAGCUCAUGGGAGAUGCCUGAUGCCUAUAGAAAUGCUCUUGGACAGGCUGGUGGCCAGCCAGCUUAUGGUCAGAACGGCGGCCACUCGCACGGCGGCCACGAACACCAUCGAGAAGGCCGUGAUUUUCGUGAUCAUCGCGAAUAUUCUGGCCCUGAUUCGCGCCAUGUAGGCUACGGAAACGAACACAAGGCGCCGGCAUUCAUCCCAGCUGCUAGUGACGAACCCGAGUACGCCUCCCCGGAAGAAGCAGAGGCUGCAUUCAUAAAAUUGCUGAAGCGCACCGGAGUGCAGCCAGACUGGACUUGGAGCGAUACUAUACGAGCCACUAUUAAGGAUCCGCAGUACCGGUCAAUUCGAGACCCGAAAGGCCGACGAGACGCAUUUGAAAAGUACUGCCAGGACAUGAUCGUUCAGGAUAAGGAGCGUGCAGAGGAACGCAUGACCAAACUUCGCGCUGACUUCGAGACCAUGCUCAAGCGGCACCCCGAAAUCACUCACUACACUCGCUGGAAGACAGCCCGGCCAAUGAUUGAGGGCGAGACCAUCUUCCGCUCGACAAACAAUGAAGAGGAACGCAGACAACUGUUCGAGGAAUAUGUUGUUGGACUGAAGAAAGCUCACAAGGAGAAAGAGACAAGGGACCGCCAGAAUGCUCUUGAAGCGCUAAAGGAUCUCCUUCCAAAACUCAGUAUCAAGGCCUACACUCGGUGGAGCGAGGCCCAGGACAUCAUCUCUACGGCGUUCCGAAACGACCAAAAAUACCAGGCUCUCACCAAGUAUGAUACAUUGAUCACCUUUCAGGACCAUAUCAAGUCGCUCGAGCGCGCUUUGAAUGAGCAGAAGCAGCACGAGAAAAAGAUGAAGUAUCGAAGAGAACGUAAGGCUCGGGAUGCAUUCAAGUCACUUCUCUCUGAGCUUCGACGAGACGGCAUUAUCAAACCCGGUGUCAAAUGGAGUCAGGUUUAUGCGAAGCUGGAGCGAGACGAGCGAUAUACGAACAUGUUGGGCCAAGAUGGCUCAACGCCGCAAGAUCUCUUCUGGGAUGUUGUCGAGGAAGAGGAGCGAUCCCUCCGCGGACCGAGAAAUGACGUUCUAGAUGUUCUUGAAGAUAAACGGUUUGAGCUCACUCCAACGAGCGAUCUCCAAGGCUUUCUUUCUAUCAUGAAGGAUGAUCGACGCACUGCUAACAUUGAUAUUGACAUCUUGCAACUGAUCUUUGAACGGCUCCGCGAGAAACGCGCUGCCAAGCGGGACGAUGACAAACAAUCUGAUCGGCAACAACGGCGCGCCGUUGAAGACCUGCGUGCACACUUGAAACGUCUCGAUCCGCCCAUCGUGCCGGGUGACACAUUUGAAAAGGUACGACCUCGACUACUGAAAUCAGAAGAGUUCCAGGCCGUCAGUUCCGAAGACCUCCGAAGAGGCGCUUUUGACAGACACAUGAGGCGGCUUCGAGAAAAGGAAGAUGACGACGCCGAUCGUGGCCACAGACGGGGAAGCCGCAUUUCCACUGAACGCGAGACUUCCCGUCGUGAAAGAGACCGAUCUAGAGGUGAGAGAUCUCAACGUGGUACCCGUCCUGUAAGGCGCAGUCGUAGCCCAGAGCAGGACCCGUAUGAAGCCGAUCGGCGCAAAGCCAUCGCAGAAAGGGAACGAAACCACCGCAAAUCAGCCAUGGCAGAAAAUCUCCUGACCAACGACCGCGGCGGUCGAUUGUCUCCGCCGCCACGACGAGAACGGGACCGGGAGCGUGACAGAGAUCGUGACAGAGAUCGUGACCGUGAGCGGGAUCGGGAUCGGGAUCGCGAUCGGGACAGGGAACGAGACCGUGAUCGAGACCGCGAACGAGACCGUGAUCGGGAUCGUGAUCGGGAUCGUGAUCGGGACCCUGACCGGCCAACUCGUUCACGACGUGAUGACGACAGCCACUACGAUCGUGAGCGAAGGGACAGGGAGGACGAACGGGAGCGGCUGUACCGCCGCCGUAUUGAUCGAGGUUCGUAUGAUGAACUCCCCUAUGGAGAUGAGCGACCAUCAGGUUCACGACGUCGGCGACAAGAUGACGAGGAUGACACGUCAAAAAGAGAUUUAAGAGACUCAAAGAGACUCAAGAGAGACCGAUCACGCGAACGAUCCCCAGCAGUCCGUGAAGUUCGAACACGCCCGAGGACUCCCCCGGCGCCUGCCAAGGAGGUUGUCAGAAGUGGUAGUGAGGAGGGAGAAAUUGAAGAAUAA